UCAUCAGGGGUGACUGCUGUUCUCUCUCUCCUGCUCCAGUAACUGGAGGCACAAGUUCCUUCUUCACCAGCCUCAACUUCAUUUCUCAGAAGGUCUGGGCUGUGUUCUGCUGUCAUGGCACCCAAAAAGAACAAGGCGACCAAAAAGAGCAAAGGAGACAUAAAUGAAAUGACCAUAAUGGUUGAGGACAGCCCAAUCAACAAGAUCAAUGGGCUGAACACCCUGCUGGAAGGAGGAAACGGCUUCAACUGUAUUUCAACUGAAGUUACUGAUUCUGUUUAUGCACCCAACCUCCUGGAGGGUUUGAGCACCAUGAGGCAGGACAGCUUCCUCUGCGAUCUGACAGUCGCCACCAAGUCAAAGUCAUUUGAUGUCCACAGGGUCGUCAUGGCCUCCUGCAGCGAGUACAUAAGAAACAUCCUGAAGAAGGAUUCGUCCCUCCAGAAGAUCGACCUGAACGAUCUCUCGCCGGUCGGCCUCGCCACAGCGAUUACAUAUGCAUACUCUGGAAAGCUGACCCUGUCGCUGUACAGCAUCGGCAGCACUAUCGCUGCAGCCAUGCUGCUGCAGAUCAGCACCUUAGUAAAGAUGUGCAGCGAUUUCCUGAUGCAGGAGCUCAGCGUGGAGAACUGCAUGUAUGUGGCCAACAUCGCUGACGCCUACGACCUCAAAGAAACCAAGGAGGCAGCUCAGAAGUUCAUGCGGGAGAACUUCAUCGAGUUUUCUGAGAUGGAGCAGUUCCUGAAGCUCACCUAUGAGCAGAUCAGCGAUUUCCUCUCAGAUGACUCCCUGCAGCUGCCCUCUGAGGUCACGGCCUUCCAGAUUGCCAUGAAGUGGUUGGACUUUGAUGAGAAGAGGUUGAAGUAUGCAGCGGAUCUCCUAACUCUUAUCCGCUUUGGCACAAUCUCUGCCCAAGACCUGGUGAAUCAUGUCCAGAGCACGCCUAGAAUGAUGCAAGACCCCGAGUGCCACCGUCUCCUUGUUGAUGCCAUGAAUUACCAUCUGCUGCCGUACCAACAGAACAUCCUCCAGUCACGCAGAACAAAGGUUCGUGGUGGCCUCAAGGUAAUACUCACAGUCGGUGGACGCCCCGCCUUGACAGAGAAAUCUCUCAGCAAAGACGUUCUCUACAGAGAUGCAGAUAACGUGUGGAAUAAGUUGACAGAAAUGCCGGCAAAGAGCUUCAAUCAGUGUGUGGCGGUCUUGGAUGGCUUCCUGUACGUGGCAGGUGGCGAGGACCAGAAUGAUGCAAGGAACCAGGCCAAACAUGCUGUCAGCAACUUCUGCAGAUAUGACCCCCGCUUCAAUACUUGGAUUCACUUGAGCAACAUGAUCCAGAGGCGCACACACUUCAGCCUCAAUAUCUUCAACGGCCUUCUGUUCGCCAUCGGAGGGCGAAAUGGCGAUGGUGUCCAGGCUUCUAUGGAAUGCUAUGUGCCCUCCUCCAACCAGUGGCAAAUGAAAGCGCCCAUGGAGGUGCCCCGCUGCUGCCAUGCCAGCUCCCUCAUUGACGGCAAGAUCCUUGUAUCCGGAGGUUACAUCAACAAUGCCUACUCCAGAGCCGUGUGCGCGUAUGAUCCCUCUACUGACACCUGGCAGGAUAAGAGCAGUCUGAGCACACCUCGAGGCUGGCACUGCGCCGCCACCGUGGGAGACCGGGCCUACGUCAUCGGUGGCAGUCAGCUUGGAGGUCGUGGGGAGAGGGUGGACGUCCUCGCCGUUGAGUCUUAUAACCCUCACAGUGGGCAGUGGAGCUACUGCACGCCUCUUCACACGGGAGUGAGCACAGCAGGUAUUUCCAUUUUGAACAACAAGAUCUAUCUCCUCGGAGGCUGGAACGAGGGCGAGAAGAAGUACAAGAAAUGCAUUCAGGUUUUCAACCCUGACCUCAAUGAAUGGACUGAGGACGAUGAGUUGCCAGAAGCUACAGUCGGCAUUUCAUGCUGUGUAGUCACCAUACCCACACGGAAAACACGAGAGUCCAGAGCCAGUUCAGUGUCUUCAGCACCAGUCAGUAUAUAGAAGUUUAGAUGGUAAUAAUGUAGUUUACAUGUCUCAAGGUCUCCAGCUUUUCUGUUGUGUAAAGCUUGGUUCUAAAUGGCUCCUUUUCAGGGGUUAAGAUAAUCAGUUCAAAUUGUUAAAUUAAUGUGCAAAAAAUAAUCAAAUGCAAGGAUUACAAAUUGGGAACAAUUUUUUUUUUAAAUUUAAGAAAAUUAAAGCCUUGAAAUGUAUUUUCAGUAUUUAAGGUUGUAUAAUUACUAUAAUUGGUUUCAUAAAGGUAAGAUAAUGUUUAUGACUGCUUUAUGAUAGAAAAAAACUGGAAAAAGCUAUAACCUAUUUUAUCAUUUUUUGACUAAUUACCUUUGGGGCCAAUUCAAUUAGGAUAAUUUCAUCUGCCCAUGUCUAUAGCAAAGACAGUGCUCUAGAACAGAGUGCGAGAAUUACCAUCGCCCUAUAGUUUUCUCAUCGAAAGCCUAUGGGCUGUUUUCAGUAGAGUCUGGAUUAUGGCAGAAAAUAAGCUCUGUGAUGAACAAAAGUUUAUGAUACGUACACGUUUUGUUUCUCUUCACAAAUGUACACCAUUUUCAGGAUUUUUGAAGCCUAAAUACAAUUGCCAGAGGUAAAAAGCUAAUGUAACAAAUGAACUACACCAUGCUGGAAUGACUUAAUGCUGCAACCGCAACAAGGUUGUAAAGCUGCGUUUGGCAUGAUGACAUUCUGUAGUCUCAUUUAACCACGUGUUAGCAACCAUCUUUUUUAAGAAGCAUAAAAGCUUCAAAAUUCACAAAACAAAAUUUGUCUCUGAAGCUUAUGUUAACCACAGACUUUAUUUCAGGCAUCUAACCAAAAAAUUGAUUUAUUCCUGGGGCACUCAAUAUACUGCGAUUUAAAAUUCAAUUAAAAAGUAUAAAAAAUGCAAAAUCACUGCUUUUGUAGAGAUAAAACUGUAAUGAUUGUCUCUUUAAAGCCAGUGCCAUAAAUUAUUAAUAUUGUGUUGUUUGUUUGCAACACAGCUAUUAUUUAUUUUGUGACAGUCCUGUUUUUGACGACUACUGUGAUUCUCACAUACUUGACCAGAAUGAGUUGGAGCUAAAAGAAAGUGCUGGAAUCACCUACCAGGAGUAGGUGCUCAUGAUAAGUGUUUAAACACACAAUCAGGCUGCAGUUUCCCUGCAUGUAUUUCAUGUGCAGUACUUGCUGAUCUUGUGUCAUAAACGCUAUCAGUGCAAAGAAAAUGGAAAAAUGUUAAAGUGCUGAGGAUUGAAUGGUUUUAGAUGUGACAGCAAUAAACUAUUUUGUAAAGAAAAAAAAAGAAAAAUAAGUUGGGAGUGAUGUUGUCAGCCUGAGCUUUUAAGUGGAAAUCCCGAAUUCCCUGAUUGCUCAUGUCUUUUCUUUAUUUUCCUUUUUUUGUUUUUAAAUUAAAGAGAUGAAGUGAAGUUA